CACUCCGUCGGGAAAAUAUUGAUCGCUGGACCAAUGGAUUCUCAGGCAAAAUAAUUCAAUGCAGUCAUUCGUUGUUUAGCGGUGACGGCACAGUAUAUAGGCUGAUGUCAAAUCAGUCGACGUGAAUCAUUUGUCAAAAUUGAGGAACAACUCAAAAUAGUGCUUUAAAAAUAAAAACGAUUCAUUUGUAAUAAUGUCUGCAAUGCGGAUGAAGGCAGCAAAAUGUCCUUCGGACGAGCUGGCCAUCACAAACUGUGCUCUCAUCAACCCGGAUGAUUUCAACAGCGAUGUCAAGCACAUAGAAAUCUCCACAGGGCCGUCUCAGCAUUUUGUCUUCAGUAUUAGAUUCUACAGUGGCGUGGAUCGUGGCACUGUGGGAUUCUCUGCCCCACAGAGAAAAUGGGCUACUCUAUCAAUUGGACAGCCGAUUGAUGUAAAGCCCUUCAAGGCUCAGAAUGCCGAGUGCUUGUGCAGCGUGACCCUGGAAGCAGACUUCAUGUUGAAGAAAACUACAUCCAUGGAGCCUUACGAUUCUGAGCAAAUGGCUCGCGACUUCUUGAUCCAGUUCUCCAAUCAGAUCUUCACUGUGGGUCAGCAGUUGGCUUUCGCCUUCCAGGACAAGAAAGUUCUGUCAUUGAUUGUCAAGAAUCUUGAAGCUGUGGAUGUCCAAGCUUUAGCCGCUGGUGCGAACGCCGUACCUCGUCGCGUAAGAAUGGGCCGUCUACUACCUGAUGGCAACAUACAGUUUGAUAAAGCUGAAAACUCCUCUCUUAACUUAGUCGGCAAGGCUAAGGGGAAACAGCCACGUCAGUCCAUCAUCAAUCCUGAUUGGGAUUUCGGCAAGAUGGGUAUCGGUGGUCUGGAUAGAGAGUUCAACGCUAUCUUCCGACGUGCUUUCGCUUCUCGAGUGUUCCCGCCCGAAGUUGUGGAGCAAUUAGGUUGCAAACACGUCAAGGGUAUUCUACUGUACGGUCCUCCCGGUACUGGUAAAACUUUGAUGGCGCGUCAGAUCGGAAAGAUGUUGAAUGCCCGCGAGCCUAAGAUUGUAAACGGUCCGCAAAUCUUGGACAAAUAUGUUGGUGAAAGUGAGGCCAAUAUUCGUCGGUUGUUCGCUGAUGCUGAAGAGGAAGAGAAGAGGUGUGGACCAAACAGUGGUCUUCACAUUAUCAUCUUUGACGAAAUCGACGCCAUUUGCAAAGCGAGAGGUUCCGUGGGAGGCAACACGGGCGUCCACGAUACCGUCGUCAACCAGUUGCUCUCAAAGAUUGAUGGUGUGGACCAACUCAACAAUAUUCUGGUCAUUGGUAUGACGAAUCGUCGCGACAUGAUUGACGAGGCGUUGAUGCGACCCGGUCGAUUGGAAGUGCAGAUGGAAAUCGGUCUACCUGAUGAGAAUGGCAGAGUUCAGAUCCUGAACAUCCACACUAAACGUAUGAAGGAGUAUAAGAAGAUUGCUGAGGAUGUUGAUUCUAAGGAACUAGCAGCACUCACAAAGAACUUCUCAGGCGCCGAACUAGAAGGUCUCGUUCGCGCCGCCCAAUCCACAGCCAUGAACCGUCUUAUCAAAGCUUCAAGUAAAGUGGAAGUUGAUCCAGAAGCUAUGGAGAAACUCAUGGUAGAAAGGGGAGACUUUCUCCAUGCCCUUGAGAAUGAUAUCAAACCUGCUUUUGGUACUGCGGCCGAAGCUUUGGAACAUUUCUUGAGCCGUGGUAUUAUCAAUUGGGGCAGCCCCGUGUCAUCGUUGCUUGAAGAUGGACAGCUUUAUAUUCAGCAGGCUAGGGCUACUGAGGCUAGCGGUUUAGUAUCAGUGCUGCUAGAAGGUCCACCAAACAGCGGUAAGACCGCUUUAGCCGCGGAACUGGCCAAACUGUCAGAUUUCCCCUUCGUGAAGGUUUGCUCACCAGAAGACAUGGUCGGCUUCACGGAGUCCUCUAAAUGUCUACAGAUCAGAAAGUAUUUCGACGACGCCUACCGCUCAAGUCUGUCUUGCAUCCUAGUGGACAAUAUCGAGCGUCUACUGGACUACGGUCCUAUUGGGCCACGGUAUUCCAACCUGACAUUGCAAGCGCUUCUCGUGUUACUGAAGAAACAACCACCUAAGGGACGGAAACUGCUUAUUCUUUGUACGAGCAGUCGGAGACAAGUCCUGGAAGACAUGGAGAUGCUGUCAGCAUUCACGGGCGUACUUCACGUACCGAACUUAUCGCAACCCGAGCACGUGAUGGCGGUACUUGAAGAGAGCGAUGCAUUCUCCAAGAAAGACCUGCAGAAGAUCCAACAUGAUAUUCGAGGAGCUAGGAUCUUCAUUGGCAUCAAGAAGCUGCUAGCGUUAAUCGACAUGGUGAAACAAACUGAUGAAGAGUACAGAGUGUUCAAGUUCCUCACGAAAAUGCAGGAGGAGGGCGGCCUAGACUUGGGCACCAAUGUACAAUAAGAAUCAUUGCAACCUUAGGGACAACAUGCGCAUACCACACUAUCGCCCUCACCCGAUCACACUAAUGCACAUAUCUCUACAUCUAAACCUCAACACGUCAAAGUUACGGAGAGCUCACCUUGCGUUUCCGAUCUCAGAAGCUACGAAAUCGAUUACGACGAAAUCAGCGAAUGCACCGAGUCGUUACUCGAUACUAGUCAUCAUAUAAAAGGUCUGACAGCCAAAGGCAACGAAAUAUCACCCUCUAAAAUGCCUCUCAUGAGGAUUAGGAGUGUAGAAAUUGUUUUCGAAGAUGAAAUGUCUACUUGCACAGACACCGGUAUUUUGGAUAGGAGUUUAGAGUUAAUAGUGUCUGAUAGCAGUGAUGACUCCACCAAGUGCGUGGAUGACUUAGAGCCAUUGAAUAUCGAGAAAGAUCUCAACUACGACUCUGUAACGCUCAACGCUGAAGGAGAUCUAUCAGAUGACAAUUCAGUUUCCCUCUCCAAAGAUAUUGUUGAAGACCUUCCUAAAAUCGACAUUCCCCUCAUAAGUUUUCAAGACGUCGAUGACCCUUCUCACAUACAAAGUGAAUGUGUAACGUUAGCCAUCGAUGAAACUCUAUCGCCUAAUGUGUCUGAAAUCGGUGAUUCUGGUCGCUUCACUGAGGAAGCUUGUUCAUCUCAUUUCGAAACGGUUCCGAUUGAAGACGCAUUACUUUCGGGCUCGUUUGACGCGAUCAAUAUUGAGAAAACAUCGACGCCAAUGAGUUCGUAUGAGAUGUCUGACGUUUGUAGCAUCGCAGCCGAGACCACGAGGCUGUAUGAGUACAUCGACAGUAACAGUGAUAGUUCCGAUGACUCAGACAAUACAGCGACGUGCGAUAUGGACCAUCCAGUCCAACAUCUUAUAAGCUUUACUAACGUUUCUCCAGACGAUAGUUCUAUAGGCGACGGCUACGAUUUACAGUACGACUCUUUUAUAGACAUGGGCAAAUUUUAACAUUCGAUUACCUAACGAAAGUACCUAUAAUAAAGAGACUUUUGCAUUUUAACUAUUUGUGCUUCUCUGUGGAUAUUUCUAACUCGUAACGCUAUGUGAAUUUUAACAUGUGUAAUGCAGAUUGCUGUUUGACGUUGCAUAAAAAUUAUGAAUGGUUAUUUUUUUAUAUUUAUCAUUUUGAACCAAAACCACAUUCCAAUUGAAUUAUUGACGGAUUUGAUUAAUGUAGGUCCAGUUUUAGUACGCCAGUGUGGUGAACUUUUAGUGCGAGCUAUUCUGACACCUUAUAUACCUUCUUAACACAGCUUGUGCACAGAGGGGCUCGGUGGUAUGCGGCUCUCGUAACCAUGUCAUGUCUCUAUAAACAAUUGUUAUAGUUUAACUACUCAGUAGACUUUAUGUAAAUAUGUCAAAAUGUUUCCAUAGCGCGUGCAAUUUAGUAAGUAUCCAGUUUAACGUGAACAAUGACAUGGUUACAGACAUCCCUGGGUUGUAAGUCUAGGCAAUAGCUCAAUUAACUACAAUGUAUUAUAUUAUUUUUAUAGAGUGAUUUUUUUAUUUAUUUCAAUUUGUUAUUGAAAUGUGAUGCAGCUUGACGCUGUCUAUUGUGUUAAUACUUAAAUAGGGAUAUUUUGAUCAAUGUGUAAUAUUGAUAGCUGUAAGGGAAUGAUAUUGAUAAUGUCAAUGAAGUAUGUAGUAUUAUAUGUAUGAAUAACGGAACAUUUGAGGAAUAUUGUUGUUAUAACUCAGUAGGACUCGAAGCUUUGUCUUGGAGCAUUAGUACAAUUAAAGUUUAAGUACUUACCUGCACAUGUAGUAAAUUUUACCGUCAAUUAACGAACACUAUUUGGAAUAUCAAUGUAAUCAUUGGAUUGUUAAAGGAUUCUUAUCAGGAAUAUGGCAAAAUCACCUCUACAUAAAUGUUAUGUAGGUGGCAAAUAUUUAAUACAAAGUAAUAGUAGCGCGAGCGCAUUAUAACUAAAUGUUGCGUUCAUGAUCGUUAAUAAAAAAAAAAUCUAAUAUUUAAAUGAAAAUAGCUAUAAUAUUGUUGCUAUACAUUUGUAGUUAUUUAUUGUUACAUUCUACAGGAUAGAUGCAUUGUUAUUGUCUUUGAUCUAGGAUAAAACAUUCCACUCACACAUUCAAAACAAGUCAGUGUAUGUGUUAUAGAAAUACAUAAUCUCAAUUAUAUAAAAAUAUAAAUAACUUUUGUGAAAAAUUCUUAUAUCUUGAUAAAGCUUUUAGGUCAUGAAUUAGCAUUAGAGCUUUUAUUAAUACUUAUCGCAAUGCAUAUAUUUUCUUCUGUAUGUAAAAAAUAUAUGAAUUAUGUGGAAUUGUAAAUGGUAUAUGGGACAAAGCUCCUGGACUGAAUGUUCCAGAAAAUUAUACUGCAUUUAAUAAGUAUUGGUGUUACUACAUAAGAGACUAGACAGUCCCCACAAUCAUGUGACAGAAAAUUAUCUAAACUUUUUCUGUAAGAUAAAAUAAUUUAUGUUAUGUAUUUCUUUUUGAGCAAUAAAAUGGUUAUUGUUGUAAACAAAAAUGUUAUUUGAUACUGAGUACUAAAUUGUUAGAACAUUGAUGUUAUGAUCCUAGAUGAAAUCAAAUAAAUCUAAUCUAAAUCAUUCAUGAGAUGAUGAAAUAUUCUGUUUUUAACUGCAAUAGGAACAUUGUUUACAGUGGCUGUGUCACAUAAUCCUGUAAGCUUUAUUGUUGGUAAAUAAAGUGAUUGACAAACAA